AUGUCACGUCAACGAGAAAAUUCGCAUAAUUUUACACAAGAUCCGUUGGAUGUUUCGAGCAGUCCGGAGAGAGAGGUUAGUAUUUUUUAUGAAAAAUAAAAUUUGUGAAUCGAUUCUUGAAAAUAUUUGUUGCACUUUUGUGAAAAUCAAUUUCAGGAAUUUUUACUUGUAUUAAAAAGUCAAAAGUUUUUUUUGGAAAUUAUUUUCUGAACUUCACUUUUUUCUAGAAAAAAAUGACUGAAUACACACUUGGCGAGAGAGUGUCUCAAAACUUUGAAAAUUUUUUCAGAAUAAAAAUUGUGCAGCGUGAAAUGUUGAAUUUUUUUGAAUAUUCUCAUCAAAAUCCGCUGAAAAUCAAUGAAUUCUUCACUUUUUCGUGAAAAAAUGUGCAGUGAAAUGAAAAAAAAUUUUGAAAAAAUUUUUCCCGCAAAUAAAUUUUCAAUUUUAAAUUGAGCCAACCGGAACUGAUUUUCAAAAUAUUUUCAAAACUUUUUCUAAAAAUUUGCUUUAAAUUAGAGCAUUCGAGGUGAUACGAUUUCUAUAAAUGUCUUUCUGUAACAAAAAAAACAUUUCAUAUGUAAAUUUCACACGAGUUUCUUGUUUCUAACCUGCUGAUUCGAACCCUCCCCCCUUCCCCAUUUUUUCAAAAAAAUUUUCCAGUAUUCAAAAACUGAUGAUGAAGAAGAUGAAAAACGCGACACAAUGACGAAUCUCGAGCGAAUCAAGCCAUUCAACGAAAAAAAGAAAAUAGUUUCAAUUGCACCACCGAAACCAGCAAGAACCGAAUCACAAAUUGUGAGUUUACUGUUUGUUUACAUUUUUUGUUCACGAGUUUAUUGAUCGACGGAUUACCCUUUUAUAUUUUUUGUUGCAGUUACUCACAAGGCCAACAGCUGAUAGUAUGGUUAGCGACAAUGAAAAUACACCAUUAUUGCACCCUAGCAGGUAGGGAUUUUUUGAAAUUUGACAGCCAGGUGUUUCUGAGACCACCCACGACGCGUGAACUUUGAACUGAAUGUUCUCGGUCUUCAGAUUUUUGAACUCAACAAUUUUAAAACUACAUAAUUUUCUAGAAUUUUUAUUUCCAGUUCUCUUCCAACAGUUGUAGGAUACGAUGAAUUGAUCGAAGAUUAUCCAGGACCUUCGAACACGACGCGAUCUGAGGUUUGUUAUCAAAUUAUUUUAUCAAUUUGUUUAUAGAUCACAGAUCAAAUUUAAACAUUUUUCCUUUUUUUUCAGAUUGGUAGAAAUGAACUCAAAAAGAAACGACGAAAGCGAUCACGGUACAAUACAAUUAGCUCCACAAAUAGACAAAGAAAACCAAGGUUUGUUGGAUUUUUUGGAGGGAAAUGGGAGGGGAAUUCGUGGAACUUCUAAUUGAACAAAAAAAACGUAAAUUUUUUCUUGGUGUUCCCGAAAAUUGAAACAAUUGAUUUGACAUUUUCCUAAUUUUUAUUUUAAAAAAAGUUGCAUAAAUGUCAACCCAAAAAUUCAACUGCGAUAAUUUUUCACAAUCAAUUCAGGAUUCUGAAAAUUUUAAUAUUUUUAUUUGAUAUUUUUUCUAUGUAAUUUCAUCAUCAUCCAUAGGUUUUUCUGAAUUAUCGAUCUUUGUUUUCGAGGAAGAGGGGAGGUUUUUAUGGGAUGUGAUCAUGGGCCAACAUUUUCAAAUGAUUCAUUCAUAUUCCCUGUUUUCGUUCCUACUUGUGAGCCUUCUUUUCUUUGAAUUUUUAUAGAAAACUGUAUUUUGAUACAUUUUUUCCCAGUUUUGAAUAAUUCCAAACCUUUCAAACCCUCCUCAUACCUCAGCCUUCCCAAGUUCAAGAUAUUUUCAGCUCUUUUUAUUUUGUCCAGUUCUGAAACCCUUACUUGAAUUCUGAUUUUCAUUACAGUAAAUGAUCUUAAAUUAAGAAACUAGAUGUUGAUAAUGUUCAAGGGAGUCUCAAAAGCUCCAUAGUUCAAGGAUGAUUUUUCCCUGUUUUUUCCAAUGGAUUUCAUAAUAGGGUUUUCUGAUAUUUCGAUUUCAAAUAUUUUUUUUUGUUUUUGAGGAAAGAGGAGGUUUUUAUGAUAUGUAUGUGAUUAUGGGCCAACCCCUUUUAAUUGAUUUUUUAUUCGAGGACAAAAUGAUUCAUUCACAUCGCUUGUUUCCAUCGGGUGUUGUGAGCGGUUCAUUUUCUGGAAAUAAUUUUUUUCAUAAAUUUUUUUAUCAAGGCUUCAAGAUUUUUCUAGAUGUCUAGCUGCCUUAAUUUCUCUGAUUCUCUAACUUCCAUCAUCUUGUGUAAUCUCUAGAUGUCUACUUUUAUCAAAUCUCUGACGUCUGAUUCUCAAUAAUCCAUCCUAGCUCUCUAAUUACAUCUAGCUGUCUAACCUUUCCUGGCUGUCUGAUUCUUUAACUCUCUCUCUCUCUCUUACAAAACUGUAACUUACAACUGAUCUCUAACCAGCUCUAGCUGUCUAAUCUCUAACUUCUUCUCUCAAAAACUCAUAAGAUCCCAUUAUUAUUUCUCAUUGAUUUUUAUGUUUCUUAUAAAAACAUAAAUGUUUCCAAUGAUUCAUAAUAUUUUUCACAACCAAUUCAAAAUUUCCCCCGUUUUUUGAAUUAUUUUUUUGCAAAAUUUGUUCUUUGAGUCCAAUAUUUCAAUUGUGAAUAUGAUUUUCUGAAUAAAAAAACCCAUUAAAAAUAAAGAUUUUAUUGGAAAAACGGGGGGGCGUCUCGUGAUAAUUAUUAUUCCAAUGAUUUUUCAUUUUUUCUAGAAUAACAGUUUGUGUUUACAUUUUUGCUGUGGCUCUUUUCAAAAAAAUAGUAUUGUUAAUUGAUAUACGCAGAGAUAAUAAGUAGCACACAAAGAAAAAAGUUCAUGCUGCGUAAAAAAAACAUUUCUUAUUGUACAUAAACAUAAAUAUACGUAGAUUUACGUCACAGGCAGCGCUUAGGCUUUUGGGCCGCCCUAGGGCCAUUGUCAUUUAAAAUCAGUUCCAAUUUUUUCGAUUUAUAUGUAGUAUAUCCUCUCAUUUUCACUCUCUCUCUCCUUUUUUUGAAACAAUAUAAUCCUCCAAACUUUCUCUUUUCUCUUCCAAGACUAAUAAAAUAAUUGCCUCUUACUUCUUCCUUUUGUGAUUUUCUCCCCUGUCUAAGACAAGAAGAAGAAAAAAUGAAGAAUGAACAAGUAGUAAUGAUAAAUGAUUGCAUGUUCAAAGUUUUUCAAAUCAUUUUGACACCUUUUCUCCUUUUUUUCUUGUUGUCAUUGAUUGUUUUGGUUAGAAGUGAACCUUGGAAAAACUUUUUAAAUUUUUUUUGGAAAGCUCUGAUUUUCUGAAAUUUAUUAUUUUCCUGUCCUGAAAAAUUAGUAACCAGAAUAUGAUUUUUUUGGGAUAUCGGGUCCAUAGUUCGGUAAAAAAAUAUUUUAAAGAAUUAAGAAUUUUAAGGCUCUCUUAAGGAUACAAAACCAUUUUUUUUUUCAAAAAAAAUUCAGUGACUUGGGAAAAAUAGAAGGUUGAAUUGACAUCCUGAUCAACCUUUUGUACUUUCGAAUAACGAUUUUCAUGUUCACAAAGUGUUAGGCUAAAUUUUACUUCUACAAUUUACGGUAACCUUUGUUCUUUACCUAUAAAAAAUUCAAAAUUUUCCAAAAAAUCUGAAUUUUUGGUGGCUUCAAAUGUAUGUUUGACAAAAUCCAAAAAAUGAAACCUUUUCAAAUGAAAAGAAAAAGAAAAAAAACUUCAUAAAAUUUUUUGCUCAAAAACUUCUCGAGUCAAUUUUCCCCACAUACAAUUUCAAUCGAUUUUUUUUGAAUUACAUGUUCUUAUAGGUAGAAUAGGUAACCCCAUCACAAUAUUAAUCCUCUUCUGAACCUCCGUGUUUUGUCAAUUUUGUAUGUGUGUUUUGUCAAACACACACACACACAAACAUACACACACACACACACCAACUUUUUUCUUGUUUCCCCUUUUUUUCUUCUCAUCAUUCCCGCGGUUAAAUAAUAUGCAUCAAUAACAACAGAUAUUUUUUUUUCUUUGAAAAAAAAAGAGAGGGCAAUCUGUGUUUUUUCUCUUUCUUGCACCUCUCUUGUUAUCUCUCACUCACUUUUCAUAUGUUGCCAACAAAUAAAUUAGUGUUGUUGUUUUUUUCUAGUCAUGGUCGUAGAAAUAUUAAGUAUAAAACGCAAGGCUCAGUCGAUGCAGAGCCUUUCGAGUGUCAAAUCGGAUUCUAGUGCUAAAUCAAGGUUUGUUGGGGAGCGGGAUAGGGUUGUGAAUUUUUUAUGACAAACUAGUUUCACAAAAUUUUUAAAAUCUUCAUUUUCCAGGCCACUUAUCAUGUCACCAUUUAUGCCAAUCUCAACGCAAAUCUCGGUCGACGCAGCUAUCAAAGAACGAAUCGCACCAAAAUCUCGAUAUGGAAGCACCACUGAAAAAUUGAUGAGCAAAUCAUCAUCGGAAGAAAGUGCAUCGGAUGAAGAUGAAGAGGAAAGUGGAAGCGAAGUUAGUCAUUCUUCUUCACAAAUUUCGGUGAGUUUGAAUGAUCUUAGACGUCUAGGUCAAUCAUAUAUCAUAUAUCUUCCAGAGCGCUUUCAAACUCUACAGAUCAAUGUCAUAUCGUGAAAUCGUUACACUCAUCAUGUUAUGCCUUGCAAAUCUUUGCUCAACUGUUGCUUUCUCCUGCAUUGCUCCGUUUUAUCCAACUGAAGCGAAUGAGAAGAAUUUGACAGAGACUGAAAUUGGAAUUGUUUUUGGUGUUUUUGAGUUUACCAUGUUUAUCGUUUCACCGAUUUUUGGUAAAUAUGUGAGUUUUUUGAGAGAAAUUUUGGGGAAAUACUUUUUUUUUGAAUUUGAAAAAUUGAAUCAGGGUUCCAGGAUGUCAAAACCAAAGAAAAUUUCAAUAAAAAUCAUUUUUUGAGUUUUUGAAAAUUAAAAAAAAACUAGCUGAUCCGAUUUUUUUGAAAGAGCAUCUUCAAAUUAAUACAAGGAUUUUUUCUGGAAGCUUCUAAAAAUUUCGAAGUUCUAAAAAAAAGUGAAACACCGUGGAUUGCAAAUUCAGGUGUACAGUAGUUUGGAGCUGAAAUUUGUGAAUGGUUUUUUUUAACCAGGAGACCAACUUUUGAAAUGAAAUUCAUUCAAAAAAAUCGAUAUUCAUGACAGAUAUCCACAUUACCUUCAAACAAUUCAACACCUCCACGUUUUCAGAUCAUAAAAAUUGGUGCCAAACGUCUCUUCGUCCUUGGUCUCGCAAUAACUGGUAUCACGGCAAUUCUCUUCGGAUUCUUGAAUUUCCUACCAUCGGGAGAAUUGUUCUUCUGGUUCAGUUUUCUCAUCAGAAUCGUUGAAGCCAUCGGUGAUGCUGCUUUUGUCACAUCAAGUUUUGCAAUUUCAGCCAAACUUUUCCCAAAAAAUAUUGCAAUGAUUGUUGUGAGUUUUCUUUUUAGAAAUAUAUAUUUUUUCAUCAAAAAUUUCUCCAGGGACUCUUGGAAACCUUUGCCGGUCUUGGUUAUACAGCUGGACCAGUUAUUGGUGGAUUGUUGUAUGAUUUUGGCGGUUUCCAAGUUCCAUUCCUUGCCCUCGGAAUUGUUUUAUUGGUUGCUACUGGUUUUGGAUUCUAUUUGAUUGAAGAUACAAAAGAUGAAGAUGAAUGUGAUAAUGAUGGAAAAGGAAUGAUGACUAUGCUCAGAAUUGGUGAAAUUUGGAUGCCACUUUUCGGAACUAUUGCAUGCGCGAUUUCACUUUCAUUUUUGGAUCCAACUUUGACUCCACAUCUUGAAGCGGUUAGUAGAAUACUCAUAAGAGAUACAAUUUAUUGAUUUUUUAAAACAUUUCAGUUCAACAUGUCAAACACUGGAAUUGGUUUGAUGUUUUUGCUUUGCGGUGGUGUUUAUACAGCAACAGCUCCGAUUUUCGGAAGCUAUGUGGAUAGCUAUCAUUGCGGAGCAUUGAUGAUGAUGUUCGGAUCGCUUGCCACGAUUUUGUCGAUGGUUUUUAUUGGACCAUCGCCAUUGUUUGGGGACUUGGUUUCGAAGUGGGUUUUCUGAGAUUUUUUGAAGGUUUUGGGUAGAUUUUUAAAUCAGACCAAAGAAUCUACUACUCUCUCAUUUUUGUAUGUUCUUGGUUUUUAAAUUUCCGCUAAACCUCGGCCAGAAUCGUAAUUUCCAAAAUAAAAAAUUGUAUGGUAACUUUUUACAGUAUGAAAACUGUGAAUUUUCCAGCUUUUGACCUCUGAAAAAUCUGAAAUCGUCAAUUGUUUCCCACAAAAAACUGAAAUUCAGAUUAUUUUUCAAAAUUGUACUCUUUUCAGAACCUUAAAAUUCAAGAGAUUUCAUGAACAUCAUCAAGAAUGUUCUAUGAACUUUUGACCGCGUUAAUACAAGUUGAAAAAGUUUAUGAAAUAUUUUUUUGAACCGAUAAAAUCCCCUAACAGUAAGGCUUUCAUUAAUCAAAAGAGGCCAUGAGCAAUCAAAUUUUUUUGCAGAAACCUUGUCGUCAUCGGAGCUUCGUUGGCACUGCUUGGAGUGUCUGCUAGUGCGUUGUAUGUUCCAUGUUUUCAAACAUGUCUUGAUAUUGUCAAGUGAGUUUUUCUAACUUUUGAACUUUUGUCGUAUCAAUUAUGAACUUGUUUCCAGAUCUCGUGGAUUCGAGGACAACUUCCACACCUAUGGAUGUGUCUCUGGUAUCUUCCAAGCUGCAUUUGGUUUUGGGUUAGUCAACAAAUAAUUUUGAAGUUUUGAAACUCUAUUAUUUUUCUUGCAGAUCAUUUGUUGGUCCAACAUUUGGCAGUUUUUUGAUGGAACUUAUCGGAUUCCCUUGGACAACAACCGUCAUUGCCGGCCUUCAUUUCUUCUUGGUAAGUUGAGUGGGAUCAGCUAGACUUAGGCUAAAUCAUUUUUCAGCUCGCCUAUUUCAUCAUCAAUACUCUCGUGGUCAAAUAUCGCCGCUCUUCAGCAUGA